CAACGGCGACGACGAGGACCGACCACCGACGACCGACGCGGACGGAAGACGGAAUCGAGAGCGAGUGCCGAGAGUGUGUGACGUGUGUGUGCAAAGAAAUUGUGUUUUGGCUGGCUGGACAAUUGCAAAAGGGAUUAAAAUUGAGAGAAAGAGCACUCGGUUUGUGUGUUUGUUUGUUGUUGUUGUUGAGGGUCGAAAAUCGAAAGGCAAACGAGUAUACGUGCUGGUUGGUGUAUGGUGUGUUUGUGUGUUUGUGUGUGUGCGUGUGCCAUUUCCCAAUUCCCAUGCGAGGAAAUAAUAUAUAUAUAUAUAUAUACAAAUAUACAUGUAUACCUAAUGCUCGAAUAAAAGUGCUUGUGAGAGUAUAGAGAAUAACCGAUACCAAAGGGCCAGCGGCAGCCGCUGGUACGACGACGGCUGCAGUUACGAUAUCCAGGACGACGACGUGCCGGCCCCGCGACACGAGCACCGACCACUUACCUGUAUACCUAUCUGCUAGAUAUAUACGAUUGCGAUACCGGUGGCCAUCACUCGUAUGAUAUUCAACGGGGACCGACAAGAAGACAGGACGAUUAUCUUGCUGCAGGCCCAAGGAGGAACGACACUACAAACUCCUGUAUAGCUGGAGUGUUAAAUCUGCAAAAGUAACUUGAAAACAUGGCAACUCUUGCCGAGCAAGCAUCCAAAUUACUGGAUUUCAACCAGAAAUUGGAUAUUACUCUUCUUGACAAUGUGGUAGGCUGUAUGUACUCAGGGAUUGGUGACCAGCAAAGAGUGGCACAAGAAGUGCUGACAACACUUAAGGAGCAUCCAGAUGCUUGGACAAGAGUAGAUACAAUAUUGGAGUUCUCGCAAAAUCAAGAAACAAAAUUUUAUGCCUUACAAAUUUUGGAACAAGUAAUACUAACUAGAUGGAAAGUUUUACCUCGAAAUCAGUGUGAAGGAAUUAAAAAGUACAUUGUUGGCUUGAUCAUCAAAACAAGCAGUGAUCCGGAAUCACUUGAAGCUUCCAAAGUUUAUCUCAAUAAAUUGAAUAUGAUUCUUGUUCAAGUACUGAAACGAGAAUGGCCGAAAAAUUGGGAAUCUUUCAUUGGUGACAUUGUGGGUGCCAGUAAAACAAAUGAAAGCCUUUGUCAAAACAACAUGGUUAUUCUAAGGCUGUUGUCAGAGGAAGUUUUUGAUUUUUCUAAUGGACAGAUGACUCAAACAAAGGCCAGACAUUUGAAAGAUACAAUGUGUACAGAGUUUUCACAAGUUUUUCAGCUCUGUCAAUUUGUCAUGGACAACUCUCAAAAUGCAGCCCUUGUAGAGAAAACCUUGCAUACACUUUUGAAAUUUUUGAAUUGGAUUCCAUUGGGAUACAUUUUCGAAACAAAACUUAUCGACACUUUGAUACUUAAAUUCUUGAACGUUCCAAUGUUUAGAAAUGUCACGUUGAAUUGUUUGACUGAAAUUGCUGGUGUGACUGUGACAAAUUAUGACGAGAAGUUUAUUGUACUAUUUUUACACACAAUGCAACAAUUGGUACUAAUGUUACCCCUGGACACCAACAUUCGCAAUGCUUACGCCGCUGGUCAUGAUCAGGAACAAAUUUUUAUACAGAAUUUAGCAAUGUUUUUGUGCACUUACUUGAAAGAACAUGGAGCACUUGUAGAAAAAAGACAGUUGAACGAAGUUCUACUUCAUGCAUUGAAUUAUUUGGUAAUGAUUUCUGAGGUCGAAGAAAUAGAAAUCUUCAAGAUCUGUUUAGAAUACUGGAAUCAACUUGCUGCAGAUCUUUAUAAAGAGCAUCCAUUCGUAUCAAAUUCACCAAUUUUCAUGACUAAGACUGUGAAUGUACCACCACGAAGGAAGUUUUACUCUCAAGUUUUGACAAAAGUUCGUUACAUCAUGAUCAGUAGGAUGGCCAAACCAGAAGAAGUGCUUGUUGUUGAAAACGAAAAUGGAGAAGUAGUCCGAGAGUUCAUGAAAGAUACCGAUUCGAUCAACUUGUACAAAAACAUGAGAGAGACUUUGGUUUAUUUGACUCACCUUGAUUAUGUUGAUACUGAACGAGUGAUGACUGAAAAACUACAAAAUCAAGUUAAUGGUACUGAAUGGUCUUGGAAGAAUCUUAACACAUUGUGUUGGGCAAUCGGUAGUAUUUCUGGAGCAAUGCAUGAAGAAGAUGAAAAAAGAUUUUUAGUGACAGUUAUCAAAGAUUUGCUUGGAUUGUGCGAACAAAAAAAGGGCAAAGGUAAUAAAGCUAUCAUUGCGAGUAACAUCAUGUACGUAGUUGGUCAGUAUCCACGAUUUUUGAAGGCACACUGGAAAUUCUUGAAAACUGUUGUUAAUAAGCUAUUUGAAUUCAUGCAUGAAACUCAUCAGGGUGUGCAAGAUAUGGCUUGCGAUACUUUUAUCAAAAUCGCAAUAAAAUGUAGAAGGCAUUUUGUGACGGUUCAGCUUGGUGAAGCUAUGCCUUUUAUAGAGGAAAUUUUGACUAACAUCAGCAGUAUCAUUUGUGAUCUUCAAUUACAGCAAGUACACACAUUUUAUGAAGCAGUAGGCUAUAUGAUCAGUGCCGAAGUAGAUUCUGUACAGCAAGAACAACUGAUAGAAAAGUACAUGCUCCUCCCCAAUCAAGUCUGGGAUGAUAUUAUCAGUCAAGCAGCAAAGAACGUUGAUAUACUGAAAGAUCCCGAUGCGGUGAAACAGCUUGCUAGUAUUCUAAAAACUAAUGUCAGGGCUUGUAAGGCAUUAGGACAUCCCUACGUUUUACAACUAGGAAGAAUAUACUUAGAUAUGUUGAAUGUGUACAAGGUAAUGAGUGAAAACAUAUGUGCUGCUAUAACUUUGAAUGGAGAAGCAGUCACGAAACAGCCACUAAUAAAAAAUAUAAGGGUUGUCAAAAAAGAAACACUUAAAUUGAUUGCAGAUUGGAUUAGUAGGUCAAACGACCACCAAAUGGUUUUAGAUAAUUUUAUACCGCCACUAUUGGAUGCUGUGCUGUUAGAUUAUCAAAAAACAAAUAUCCCUAGUGCUAGAGAGCCCGAAGUGCUUAGUGCAAUGGCAACGAUUGUGAAUGAACUGAAAGAUCGCAUAACCCCUGAGGUGACCAAGAUUUUCGAGGCUGUAUUUGAAUGUACGCUGGACAUGAUUAAUAAAGAUUUUGAGGAGUAUCCAGAGCACAGGACAAACUUUUUCUUGCUGUUGCAGGCAGUAAAUGCUCACUGUUUCUCAGCGUGUCUAUCAAUACAGCCAAUACAGUUUAAAUUAGUUCUCGACUCUGUUAUUUGGGCAUUUAAACACACCAUGAGAAAUGUUGCCGAAACUGGUUUACAGAUUUUGUACCAAUUAUUCCUAAAUAUGGAAAAACAUGAAGAAGCUGCCCAAAGCUUUUAUCAAACAUAUUUUAUAGAUAUUCUUCAGCAUAUAUUCAGCGUUGUCACAGAUACAUCACAUAAAGCUAGUUUGACCAUGCAUGCAAACAUUCUGGCAUACAUGUUCUUCUUAGUUGAAAUGAAAAGAAUUACGGUACCAUUAGGCCCUCCAAACAUCCCGGACAACAUUUUAUAUGUUCAAGAAUAUGUAGCCAGCUUGCUUAAGACAGCGUUUCCUCAUUUAUCAGACAAUCAAAUUAAAAUUACUGUCCAGGGUCUUUUUAAUCUUAAUCAGAAUAUUCCAGCUUUCAAAGAACAUUUGAGAGAUUUCCUUGUCCAAAUUAGAGAAUAUACCGGUGAAGAUGAUUCUGAUUUGUUCUUGGAAGAACGAGAAACUGCCCUACGAGAAGCCCAGGAAGAAAAGAGGGGACAACAAAUGGCAGUGCCAGGCAUUAUUAAUCCUCAUGACAUACCAGAGGAAAUGCAGGACUGAACAAUCCAUCAAAGAGCUCACGUCAACCUAUUUUGUACAUCAGAACAAAUGACGCUCUGCUGUAGGUACUAUCGUUUUCUAUGCCUACAACCAAUCCUAUCGCCACUACUAAGUACGCCAACUUUACGACUAAAAAUACGUUUAUAAAAGACGAAAUUUAAGGAAAGAAAAAAAAAAUGAUAAAAAUGUAAAAUAUAUCUAAUUGCCCGUUGUUACAAAGGGUACCAACAAAUGAGAUGACUGUUUGUUUAUCUGUUAUAGGAUUUUUAAAAAUGAAAAAAUGAAGUUUAUGUUGUGGGUAAAAAUGUGAAAUACCUGCUUGGCGAUACGAUUUUGUGUAUACUUACGACUGAACCAUGUUUCUUACUCUAAGAAUGAUAGUUUACUGGGAGAAAAAAAUGUUAAGUAAACAAGUGAUCGUACAACUAAUGAAAGAACUUGAUGUUAUUCUGUGAGUGUUUAAGAUGUUAUGGAUGAAUGCAAUAGAUAAUUGACUAUUAUGAUCACGUGAACAUAGAGUACACGAGUCUCCAUAUUAUGACACACGAGGCAACUCUAGCGUCAAAGUUCUAUUGCUCAACAAAAAACGAAAAGAAGUAAACAACAAGCAAGUGUAACGACCGACAAUACACAUUUUUUAAUGUCUUGCUUCUUGUUAUGUCUAUAAAGUGCUUGGUACAAGUGUCAAGUCCAGUAUGAUUUUUGAAUGUGGUAACUGCGGCAUGAGUGAGAAAACAUCUAAGAAAAACGAGUAUGAAAGACUAAUACAUUAAAUGGAAUCGUCGGAGCAGGAAUUUAAGCGAUACAGAUGUGCUAGAAUAUGUGUUUUUAACAGAAUAAAGUUGUAUUAUAUUAAUAUUACAUAGUUAAGAUCAAGAGCGAAUUUUGAAUUGGCAUUUGUAAAUUAAUCUGCUGAUAUUUUGAAAGAUAAACUGAUAUUGUGAUUACGUUUUUUUAUAAAAUAAAAAUCUGUGUUAAGAAGACAACAGAAUCAAACAAGUACAACUAUGAUAAUUUAAACAUUUCAUUUAUCACUUACACACGUCGAGUCGUCGAUAAAUAUUUAGAGUUGCCGCCUAAAACUAACAUUUUUUUAUCAUACAUUAAAAUAAGUUGUGUGUCACCUUUUCGAAGUAAAAGCUUUAAUUAUUUAUUUUUUGUGAAUCAGGGACUAUUUGAAUCGUCCCUUAGUUUUUCAUGGUACUAAAAAAAAAAAAAAGAAAAGAAAAAAAUUCG